AUGUUACCCAUUGAAAGUCAGAUGAUAUCGAAAAUCGUUGAUCAUUUAAAUGCUGAAAUUGUCUUGGGUACCGUUCAGAAUGCACGUGAAGCUGCUGAAUGGCUUAGUUUUACUUAUUUAUAUGUUCGAAUGAUUAAAGAGCCUCAAUUGUACGGUGUUUCAAAUGAUCAAUUAUUAGUAGAUAAAUUUUUAUUACAACGUCGUAUUGAUCUUAUUCAUACAGCCGCUAUUCAAUUAGAUAAAUCUCAUUUGAUACGUUAUGAUCGUAAAACGGGUAAUUUUCAAUUGACUGAAAAUGGUCGUAUUGCUAGUCAUUAUUAUUGUACCCAUGAAACAAUGGCAAUGUAUAAUCAAUUACUCAAACCAACAUUGUCAGAAAUUGAAUUAUUUCGUGUUUUUUCAUUAUCAUCAGAAUUUCGUAAUAUAUCAGUGAGAGAAGAAGAAAAAUUAGAAUUACAAAAAUUACUUGAACGUGUACCAAUACCAAUAAAAGAAAGUAUUGAAGAACCAAGUGCAAAAAUUAAUGUUUUAUUACAAGCGUUUAUAUCACAAUUGAAAUUAGAUGGUUUUGCUUUAAUGUCUGACAUGGUUUAUAUAACACAAAGUGCCGGACGUUUAAUGAGAGCUAUUUUUGAAAUUGUAUUACAACGAGGUUGGGCGCAAUUAGUCGAUAAAACAUUGAGUUUAUCAAAAAUGAUUGAUAAAAGAAUGUGGCAAAGUAUGUGUCCAUUAAGACAAUUUCGUAAACUUCCCGAUGAAGUCAUACGCAAAAUUGAAAAGAAAAAUAUCGCAUGGGAGAGAUUUUAUGAUUUGGGUACACAUGAAAUAGGUGAAUUGGUACGUGCACCAAAAGUUGGUAAAACAAUCCACAAAUAUAUUCAUCAUAUACCGAAAUUAGAAUUAGCUGUGCACGUCUUGCCAAUAACACGUCAAACAUUGAAAGUUGAAUUAACAAUUAAGCCCGAUUUUCAAUGGGAUGAUAAAAUACAUGGAAUGGCUGAAGCAUUUUGGAUUCUUGUUGAAGAUGUGGAUUCAGAAGUCUUAUUACAUCAUGAAUAUUUUCUUCUUAAAAAAAAAUAUUGUGAAGAUGAACAUUAUGUCAAAUUUUUUGUACCUGUUUUUGAACCAUUACCACCACAAUAUUUUAUUCGUGUCGUAUCAGAUAAAUGGAUUGCAUCUGAAACUCAAGUAGCUGUUUCAUUUCGACAUUUAAUAUUGCCAGAAAAACAUCCAUCACCAACCGAAUUACUUGAUUUACAACCAUUGCCUGUUAAUGCAUUAAGAAAUUCGAAAUAUGAAGAAUUAUAUAAUUUUGAAUUUUUUAAUGGUAUACAAACACAAGUUUUUAAUACAUUGUACAAUACUGAUGAAAAUGUAUUUCUUGGUGCAUCAACUGGUUCUGGGAAAACAAUAUGCGCUGAAUUUGCCAUAUUAAGAUUAUUUUCAUCUGAAAAAACAAAAGAAUCGUCAGAUCAAAAAUGUGUUUAUGUAACACCAAAAGAAGAAUUAGCCGAAAUUGUACGUGUAGAUUGGGAAAAACGUUUUUCGACAAUUGGAAAGAAAGUUGUUUUAUUAACCGGUGAAACAGCAACAGAUUUGAAAUUAAUUGCAAAAGGCAAUAUUAUCAUUUCUACUCCCGAACAUUGGGACAUUUUGUCACGUCGUUGGAAACAACGAAAAAAUGUUCAAAAUGUUAAUUUAUUUAUUGUUGACGAAUUACAUGUUAUUGGUAGUAAUGACGGACCUGUACUUGAAGUGAUUUGUUCACGUAUGCGUUACAUGAGUUCACAAAUCGAACGUAAUAUUCGUAUUGUAGCCAUGUGUUCAUCGGUAUUAAAUGCCAAAGAUGUUGCUCAAUGGCUUGGCUGUAGUGCAAAUGCCACAUUUAAUUUUCCUCCAAGUGUUCGUCCAGUUCAAUUAGAAUUGCAUAUACAAGGUUUUAAUAUGACACAUAAUGCUAGUCGUCUCAUAGCUAUGGCUAAACCUGUUUAUCAUGCAAUAAAUCGUCAUGCAGCAAAACGUUCGGUUAUAAUAUUUGUACCAUCAAGAAAAUUAUCUCGUAUAACAGCAAUCGAUAUAUUAACAUUUGCUGCUGCUGAACAAAAAUCUGAUCGAUUUUUGCAUAUUUCAGCCGAUGAUAUCACACCUUAUUUAGCAGAAAUGGAGGAUCAAACAUUAAAAGAAACUGUUGUAAGAGGUGCUGCCUAUGUGCACGAAGGUUUAAGUGUAAAAGAUCGUUCAAUUGUCGAACAAUUAUACAAUGCUGGUGCAUUACAAGUUUGUGUUGUAUCACGUAGUAUGUGUUGGGCAUUCAGUUUAUAUUCUUAUCUUGUUAUCAUUAUGGAUACACAGUAUUAUAAUGGUCAAGAACACACCUAUGAUGAUUAUGCAAUCUCGGAUGUAUUGCAAAUGAUUGGUAGAGCAAAUCGUCCAUUACAACAUGAUGAUGCAAAAGUUGUUCUUAUGUGUUUAUCAUCUAAAAAAGAUUUUUUUAAAAAAUUUUUAUAUGAACCAUUACCAAUUGAAUCACAUCUUGAUCAUGCCUUACACGAUCAUUUUAAUGCAGAAAUUGUAACAAAAACAAUAGAAAAUAAACAAGAUGCUGUCGAUUAUUUAACAUGGACACUGUUGUACAGACGAAUAACAGAGAAUCCAAAUUAUUACACUUUACAAGGUGUUUCACAUCGUCAUGUAUCUGAUCAUUUAUCAGAACUAGUCGAAAAUACUUUAACCGAUUUGGAACAAUCAAAAUGUAUAACAAUUGAAAAUGAAAUGGAUACGUCACCGUUAAAUUUAGGCAUGAUAGCUGCGUAUUAUUAUAUUAAUUAUCGUACCAUUGAAUUGUUCAGUAAAUCGUUAACAGCCAAAACAAAAAUAAAAACAUUAUUAGAUAUUAUUGCAAAUGCUGCUGAAUAUGAAAAUAUACCAAUUCGACAUCAUGAAGAUAAUAUUUUAAAACAAUUAGCAACACGUUUACCAAAUAAAUUAACCAAUGUUAAAUUUAAUGAUCCACAUGUGAAAGCAAACUUAUUGUUACAAGCACAUUUAUCUCGUAUACAAUUAUCAGCUGAAUUACAAAAAGAUACCGAUGAUAUUUUAAUUAAAGCAAUUCGUUUGAUUCAAGCAUGUGUUGACGUACUCAGUUCAAACGGAUGGCUCUCACCAGCGUUAGCUGCUAUGGAAUUGGCUCAAAUGGUGACACAAGCAAUGUGGAACAAAGAUUCAUAUCUUCGACAAUUGCCACAUUUUACAACAGAAAUUAUUCAUCGUUGUACAGAAAAGAAAAUUGAAAGUGUAUUUGAUCUGAUGGAAAUGCAAAAUGAUGAACGAGUUUCUUUAUUACAACUUUCUGCAGCUAAAUUGACGGAUGUUGCACGGUUCUGUAAUCGUUAUCCAAAUAUUGAACUAUCCUAUGAGGUUGUUGAUAAAGAUAAUAUAGCAGCGUCAAGUGCAGUUAAUGUUAAUGUUACAUUGGAACGAUCAGAUGAUGUUGUUGGACCCGUGAUUGCACCAUUGUUUCCACAAAAACGAGAAGAAGGAUGGUGGCUUGUUAUCGGUGAAUUAAAAUCAAAUUCAUUAAUAUCCAUUAAACGUUUAACAUUACAUCAGAAAGCUCAAGUUGUUUUAGAUUUUGUAGCACCAUCACCCGGUUUACAUCAUUAUGUACUCUAUUUUAUGUCGGAUGCAUAUACUGGCUGUGAUCACGAAUACAAAUUUGAUGUUGAGGUUCACAAAGGUGUUAGCAGUAGAAAUAAUGAUAAUGAUAACGACGAUGAAAUGAACUAA